CCAACGUGAAGGCAAUUUUCGUUACCCACAGAACAGAACAAUAUUACAUAGCUAACUACAUCCCUAACCAUAUUCCUUGCUGUACUAUACAACAGAUGAUUUUGCACCAUCUACCACUAUGUGGAACAGAUAUUUUGUCUUCUGUCUCCUGCUUUUGCCAACUUUUAUGAAUCAAACAGUGUUUGGACAAAGAAAGAAAGGACCAAAGCCAAGCUCACUUGCUAGGAAAAAUAAUUUCCAAGAUUCCAUUUGCUUCAUUGAUGUUGUCUUCAUUGUGGACAGCUCUGAAAGUUCUAAAAUCAUCCUCUUUGAUAAACAGAAAGAUUUUGUGGAAAGCUUGAGUGACAAAAUUUUCCAACUGACCCCAGGCCAUUCCUUGAAAUAUGACAUCAAACUGGCAGCCCUUCAGUUUAGUAGCUCUGUCCAGAUUGAUCCACCUUUUUCUUCUUGGAAGGAUCUGCAAACAUUUAAGCAGAGGGCUAAGUCUAUGAAUUUAAUUGGGCAAGGAACCUUCUCUUAUUAUGCCAUCUCCAAUGCCACCAGGCUGCUUAAGAGAGAAGGGAGGAAAGGCGGAGUGAAAGUGGUUUUGCUGAUGACUGAUGGCAUUGACCAUCCAAAAAGUCCAGAUGUUCAAAGUAUUUCUGAAGAUGCCAGAAUUUCAGGAAUAUCAUUUAUCACCAUUGGACUUUCUACUGUAGUCAAUGAAGCCAAACUUCGUUUGAUAUCUGGGGAGUCAUCCACUGAACCCAUUCUCCUAUUGAAUGAUCCAGCCCUUAUAGAUAAAAUUAGAGAUCGUCUGGAUAUCUUAUUUGAAAAGAAGUGUGAACGUAAGAUUUGUGAAUGCGAGAAGGGCGAUCCAGGUGAUCCAGGGCCUCCUGGUACACAUGGAAACCCAGGUAUCAAAGGUGAGCGAGGACCGAAAGGAAACCCGGGUGAUGCUCAAAAAGGAGAAGCUGGGGAACGAGGUCCAGGGGGAAUUCCUGGAUAUAAAGGAGACAAG